CUAUGAGUAAACCCUCAACUUAUUGACGAUUAUUACAUCUAAAGUUUAUGUAUAACAAAUAAUUAAUUGGCAAACUUGCUACAUAAAUUUUGUAGAAAAACAGAAAAGGAACAUAGUUAUUUAUACAAGAGUUACUGUUUGGAUGGAAUAUAGACCUACAGUCAAGGGGAAGGAAGGAACAAAAGUGCUAUGCUAAGUGUAUUGUGUUAGAAAUGGAUAAAGUAAAGCGUCUAUCGAGUGAUCUGUCUGUGUAUAACAGCGUCUGGUAUCUGCAAAAGAAAGCGGACACUAUAAUUCUUAGAGUCCAGCAAGCCCUUGGCCGGACAGCAAGUCCCAAAAGCCAGUACAUGACUGUAAACUAUGGCGAAACCUUCAACAAGAAACACAUUCGGAUGUUGAGUGUUGUUUUGUUUCUGGGAUGCGUGUCGUCGGCUGCCGUCGGUUGCGGAAUCCACUAUGCCUUUUACUGGAAACCAUGCACCAAGAAGUUCCUGUACGAAAAGACCAAUGAUAACGAUGCCACAUGCGCUACUGAAGUACACGAUUUAUGGGAUGAGUAUGCUUCGACGGAAAAAGACAGAUCUUCAGCAUGUAUCAAAUGUUUUAAAUCACAGCAGGAAACGUCCCUUCCACAAGAAUUUUUCAAAGAACCUUAUUUAAACAAACAUCAAGGAAUACAAUAGCUAUAUGCUAAACUGCAUGCCUGUAGCUUCCAAUAUCUAUAUGUAUAUAUAAUAACGAUAUAGAAGAUGGUUGCUAUUGUAUUGCUAAAUUAUAAAAGAGCAAUUUUGACAAUCUGCAGAGAUCACUUUAAGAGAAUAAAGCAUUGUUUGGAGGGUAUGAUCAUCAUGCAGUGCAAGUUAGACAAAUACAAGUCACUAUAAUAGAAUCAUUAAGGUACAAUAAAUAACAGUUUUUUCCCUUUGUAUGGAUAGUUUACGUCUAACUGAUGUCUCCCUCUGAUACUUGUUUAAAAAUAUAUAUAAGCCUGCUUAAACCGGAUAGAAUACUAUGGACAUGAGAAUGAAUACAGAUCUACAGCUGAUGCAGCGAACUGCGUAUAAUACCCUAUAAUGUACCGGGGUAAUUGUCAAUUACAAAUAAUUUUCAUAUUGUGUUGGUUUAUAUGUUAUAUGAAUCUGUAGUGAUAUAUAAGUUUGUAUAAUAAAAUCUACAAGAACUUCA